UUUUAUUUUGAAGAGUAUUUGACGACCGGAAGUGUGAGGUUUGUUUGUUGCUGCUAGCCUGCUAGCUAAAGAACACGGAAGUAGCCGUGUAAUACAGUGUUGGUGGUAGUACUGCGUUUAUUACACGUCUGUGUGUUUGAUUAAAGUCAUCCCUUUGAAACAGAUAGUAAUGACAAACGAGGAGGACGGAAGUCGUCAGUUUUAUUUCUGUAACUGUUUCACUACUGAUCACAUUUACCUGGAGGACUACAAGCUGCAUGUCCGCUUCCUGUCCGAGCAGCAGUUCACACACGACUACCGAGCACUGCUCGGGUCGCUCGGCUGUGAGACGGACCAACAGUUGGAGGAUGUGUUCAACAAGAUUUCACAGGAAGUGGACAGGCGAAGGCGUCUAGGCGUGACGUCCGCUGAGAGAGCUGCUGCUAUAAAAGACAUGUACCAGCCUCUCCAUCCUCAUGUCUACCAUCUGCAGGAGUCCUACCUUGCACCCAAGUUCAAGCAGAUUGUUGCGUACUGUCGAAGCGGCGACAUCAGUGAUGAAGGUCUCAGAGACUUGUUGGAGGAAGAGGCAGGUGAGCUUUCAUUUCUUCUCAGGGGCUGCAGUUCAAACAAGAAGUCUUUAAUAGAUUUCCAUCUUUGUGUUGAAGCUGCGAGGGCUUACCGCUUCCCCGUGUUUGAGAGAAGCUUCUGUGAGCAGCUGGUGGAGGAGUUGGAGCACUUUGAGCAGUCCUCCGCACCUAAAGGAAGACCCAACACCAUGAACCACUACGGGAUCCUCCUGAAUGAACUGGGCUUUGACGAGGGCUUCAUCACGCCCCUCCGUCGGCUCUACCUGCGUCCGCUCACCUCCCUGCUGUACCCGGACUGUGGGGGGGGCUGUCUGGACAGCCACAAGGCCUUUGUUGUUAAAUACGACCUGAAUGAAGACGUGGACCUGAGCUACCACUACGACAACGCAGAGGUCACCCUCAAUGUGUCCUUGGGAAAGGACUUCACCGAUGGCAACCUGUACUUUGGUGAUAUGAAACAGGUGCCUUUAAGUGAGAUGGAGUGUUCAGAGGUUGAACACCGGGUGAGCGAGGGCAUCCUCCACCGGGGCCAGCACAUGCACGGCGCCCUGCCCAUCUCCUCUGGCCAGCGCUGGAACCUCAUCAUCUGGAUGAGAGCCUCACAGGAACGCAACCAGCUGUGCCCCAUGUGCAACCGGAGGCCCACGCUGGUGGCGGGGGAGGGCUUCGCUGACGGGUUCACACAACGCGAUGCUCUGCUCAACACUUCCUGUGCGAUGACGUGACGCAUCCCGCUGCUGUCGGCCGCUAAUAAAGCCACUGUGUCGGAUGUGGCGUCCCCCAGUGCUGCUACCUCCGACGAUGCUGGAGGAAUACAUUUAGAUCUCAGUUGGUCCUGCCCAGAGACAGACAUGCUACAGUUAAUCAAGACUACACUGGUGGUGUCUUCAGAUGUGGUGGUGUUUACCGUGUCCACCAGAAGAGUCCAUAUGAACGCCCCCUCUAGUCGUAUUCACAACCUCGUCAGUAGAAGGUUUCUGAAAGCUCCGAGUUCACGACUUGUGACGUGUUUGUUGACGUCAGAAAUGGCGGAGGCCGUGGA